AUGUUGGCUAAGAAGGUUAAACAGAUCCAUGCCUACGACAACGCUCAAGGACAUCGUCGUGAUGCUUCCACGGCAGAGUGUGACAAGCUUCGACAUAGGUUACUUGCACCGCAAGAUAACAUUCAGUUAGGCUCUGACAUUGACGCUAGAUCUGAUGAUCCACAGAUGUGUGGAGACUAUGUCUCAGAUAUCUAUGCGUAUCUCCGUGAAUUGGAGGUGAAGCCAAAGCUAAGACCUUUACAUGAUUAUAUGGAAAAGGUUCAAGAAGAUGUAACACCAAGCACGAGAGGUGUUUUGAUAGACUGGUUAGUAGAAGUAGCUGCAAAGUACAAGCUGGAGUCUGAAACACUCUAUCUCACUGUCUCAAACAUCGAUAGAUUCUUGUCUAGGAAGACUGUCAACACGCAAAGGCUUCUGCUCGUGGCUGUCUCCGCGAUGCUUCUCGCUACGAAGUAUGAAGAGAAAAGGCGUCCUAAAGUUGUAGAUUUUUGCUACAUUAUGGCUAAUGCUUAUACGAAACAAGAUGUGUUGAAGAUGGAAGAAGAUAUACUUCUUACGCUUCAGUUUGAAUUAGGAAGACCAACGAUUAAUACUUUUCUAAGACGGUUCAUAAGGGUUGCACAAGAAGAUUUCAAAGUGCCACACUUUCAGCUAGAGCCUCUUUGUUGCUAUCUAUCAGAACUGAGUAUGUUAGAUUAUAGCUGCGUGAAGUUUGUUCCAUCUUUGUUGGCUGCUUCUGCUGUCUUUCUCGCUCGAUACAUCAUCCGGCCCGAACAACAUCCUUGGAAUCAAAUGUUAAAAGAAUACACAAAGUACAGAGGAGCUGAUCUACAAGAGUGUGUUGGAAUCUUACAUGAGUUGUAUCUGAGCAGAAGAGGAGGUACUCUACAAACUAUUAGAAAGAAAUACAAGCAGCCUGAGUUUUAUUGUGUUGCGACCAUGUUGGUAUCACCAUUGCUGCCAAAGAACUUUUGGGAGGAUGUGUUAAUUACCAUUAAUUUGAUCUGA